UUUUUUUUUUUUCACCAGUCAUUCUUUUCUGUAUUAUUUAUUUCAAUUCUUAGUCACUCGUUUGUAGCUAGUUACCAUGAAGAGAUGGAUACUCGUCCUCGGACUGGGGGCACUCGCUGCCAGCUUUCCCACGGCUGAAAACACCCACAGGAUGGGUAUGUACGGCAACAUCGACAAACGCUGUCCCCUGGCAGAAAUACAGGCUCAGGUCCAGUCUCAAGCCAAGGAGAAACAUCAGGAGAAGCGCCUUCUCUCCAGCUCUCUGGAUACCCCGGUGGACAUCAGUGGGGAGCACGCGUUCCAACCUCCUGAUUUCGCGGCCGGUGACCAGCGCGGUCCUUGUCCCGCUCUGAAUGCUCUGGCAAAUCACGGAUACCUUCCGCACAAUGGUGUGGCUUCAUUUGGCGAGGCUGUUGCCGCUGUCAAUCAGGUGUAUGGCAUGGGCCUUGAUAUAUCGCUAGUUUUAGCCACCAUGGGUACCGUCUAUAGCGGGAAUGCUCUAUCCCUUGACCCAGGAUUCUCCAUUGGUGGACCUGACCCGAGGGUCAGCAAUAUCCUUGGCAAUGUUCUCAAUUUGUUUGGGGAACCUCAAGGUCUCGAUAGAUCCCACAAUUUCGUCGAAGCCGACGCCUCGAAUACGCGUAAUGACCUUUAUGUGACGGGGAAUGCCUGGACCCUCAACAUGACACUAUUCAACGAGUGGUACGAAAUGUCCACCGACGGCACCUUUUCCAUGGAGCUCAUGGGUGAACGGGCCAAAAUCCGCUUCGACCAGGCCAAGGCAACUAACCCGAACUUCUACUACGGUCCUGCUACUGGUCUGAUUUUCCGUAAUGCUGGUUACCUCUUCUCUGGCCGGUUGUUCCGAAAUCACUCCCAGGAUAACACCGAAGGCGUUCUGACCAAGGAUAUCGUGCGCAAUUUCUACGGUAUCUAUGGCGAGGAGGGGAACUUUACCUACCGUGAAGGAUGGGAGCGCAUUCCGGAGAACUGGUACAGGACUCCGAGUGACUGGGAUAUCGUUAAUUUCAACGCUGAUCUCAUUCCGUGGCUUGUGAAGUAUCCCGAGCUGGCCAGCAUUGGUGGUAACACCGGUACAGUCAACAGUUUUACAGGCGUCGAUCUAUCCGACAUCACCGGGGGCGUCUUCAAUGCCACCACCCUUCUCGAGGGCAACAAUCUUGUGUGCUUCGUGUUUGAAGCUCUCAAAGUCUUCAGCCCCAACGCCCUGGCCGGUCUUUAUAAAACUCUGGCUGUCCCUCUCAAGCUUCUUACCGACACUCUUGCCGCCCCGCUGCUAGACCUGGCUUGUCCUGCUUUUGAUGAUAUGCAACUUGGUGGUCAGCCUCUGUGGACGGCUCUCCAGGAUCUCUUCCCAGGUGCACUGAAGAGUAGCAGUGCGCUUUAAACUAGCUGUUGUAGGUUUGAGUCCUGGCUGAGGGUAUCUCCGAUGCCUUUUUUUUUCUCCCCCAUUAAGGAGGAAGCCGUUUGUAAACUGUUAGCUGCCAG